CCACAGGAGCAGCAGGAAUUAUUCCCUCUGGGCCACAGCUGUGCAGUAUGUGGGAAAAACCAGUGCACACGCCACAGGCCGACCCUUCUGCUGGAGAACUAUCAGCCAUGGCUGGACUUAAAGGUGUCGUCCAAAGUGGAUGCCAGUAUUUCAGAGGUUUUGGAGUUAGUCCUCGAGAACUUUGUGUACCCAUGGUACAGAGAUAUUACAGAUGAUGAAGCGUGUGUGGAUGAACUGAGACAAACGAUCCGUUUCUUUGCUGCAGUUCUGGCUCACCGAGCACAAAGGGUGGAUGUGCCCUCACUUGUGAUGGACAAAAUGAUGAAAGCGGCUAUGAAGCACAUUGAGAUCAUGGCAAAAGCACAGCAGAAAGUGAAGAAUACCGAGAGCCUCCAGCAAGCAGCUCUGGCUGAGUACGGUGCCGAUCUGCAUGUGGCCCUGCGGAGCCGCAAAGAUGAGCUGCUGUACUUGAGGAAACUCACAGAACUGCUCUUUCCUUACGUCAUGCCACCGAGAGCCACAGACUGCAGGUCUUUGGCCCUGCUGAUUCGAGAGGUCAUGACAGGUUCUGUGUUUCUGCCAAUAAUGGACUUUGUGGCUGAUCCUGACACUGUAAAUCACAUGGUGCUCAUCUUCAUCGAUGAUAGUCCACCUGAGCCAAUCUAUGAUCCUCCAUCUGCUCUGGUGCCCUUCCUGGAGAAGUUUGCAGAUCCACGCAACAAGAAAUCCUCGGUGUUGAAGUUGGAUUUGAAGGAGAUCAGAGAGCAACAGGAUUUGUUGUUCCGCUUCAUGAGUUUCCUGAAGGAAGAAGGAGCGGUACACGUCCUGCAGUUCUGCCUGACUGUGGAGGAGUUUAAUGACCGGAUCCUGUGUCCUGACCUGAGUGACGCAGAGAUGCAGCGUUUGCAUGAGGAGGUGCAGAAGAUCUAUGAGACGUACUGUCUGGAGGAGAGCAUCGACAAGAUCAGCUUUGACCCCUUCAUCAUAGAUGAGAUCCACAACAUCGCUCAGGGGCCGUACACCGGCGUGGUGAAGCUCCAAACGAUGCGGUGUCUGUUCGAGGCCUAUGAGCAUGUGCUGUCUCUGCUGGAGAAGGUCUUCACCCCCAUGUUUUGCCACAGUGAUGAGUAUUUUCGACAUCUGCUCUGGGGUGCUGAGUCUCCUGCUCGAAAUUCAAAGCUAAACAGGAAUUUGAGUUUGGAUGAUUUAAGGUAAGUGUAUUUCUGGAGGUUCAAGUGGCUGUUGUCCAGUGCUCUCACUGCAUGCCUUAUAAAGCUGCCUGAAAGCCAUAAAACGCAUCUCAGUGUCAUGAAGAACAUGUAGACUGUUU